GAGAGGACAGAGGGAGGACAGACAGAGGCAGAGGAGUCGGGCAGUCAGACAGAUUUUCUCUUCUUCUUCUGUCCUCUGAGUUUCUUCUUCGCUGCCGUCAUGUUGGACACACUCACCUUCCUCCUGGAGAAACUCUUCCUCCUCGCCCACAUCAAGCUGUCCAGCCUGCUGCCUCCGCUGGGCAGAGAGCGCGGAGACGCGCCGCUCACCAGGCGCUGUGACCGGGAUGACCCUCCGCCGCAGCCCGCCGGUGCUCCGCAGAAGUUUCAGCGGGGAGACCUGCUGGAGGUCCCGCGGACUCUCUUUACCCACUUCGGCAUCUACCUGGGCGACAACCGGGUGGCGCACCUCAUCCCGGACAUCCUGCCGGUGCUGACGGCCGACAGCCGGCAGAUCCAGGAGAUGGUGACCAACACGAGGCUGCUGCUCGGUGUCCUCUCCAAGCGCGCCAGCAUCCGGGUGGACUCGGUGGAGGACUUCGCGUACGGGGCCGGGAUCCUGCUCAACGCCAUGGACCGGGCGGUGCGCCGGAGCCCGCUGUCCGGGGAGGAGGUGGCCCGGCGGGCGGAGCGGCUGGUCGGCACCGUGUCCUACAGCCUGCUGUGGAACAACUGCGAGCAUUUCGUCACCUACUGCCGGUACGGGACGGCGCAGAGCCUGCAGACCGACCAGUUUUGUGAGUGGCUGAAGUCGUUAAUCCGGGACCAGCGUAACGUCCUCCUGACGGCACUGCUGGGGAUCCUGUCCAUGGUGUGUUUGGGAAUAUCCUCCAGCACCGCCCUGCCCACCCUCUUCAUCCCCUUCACCCUGUGGAUGGCCAGCUAGAAGUCUCAGGAGGACAUCCACCAUCACUGCUGGUGUGAAGCAGGAUGAGCCACGUGUUGAUGGACAGGACAGAGUCGUCUGCAAACAACUGCAUUACUAAUAAUGUUAUAGUCCAAGAACUUAAAUCCAUUUGUAGCUGCACAUGAAGUGAUUGGUUUUCAUGUCUGUUUGCUUAGAAUAAGCAGAAAAAGAAGAAAUGAAUCAUUAGCAUUAGCAACAUUAGCAACCAGGACUGAACAGAUAAAAAAAAAUUAAAUGGCCUAAAAGACUAAAGCAAAGAACAAAAACAUUACCCUCUCUGUUGGAUGGACAGCUGGUUUCCUGAGGUGAAGAGACAGAGACAACUUUAACACAGUUAAAGGCCUGAAGUUUUCCAACUUUAAACUGUGACGUUAACGGGACCAAAGAUCAUUUAAUAAUCAGAUUUUCUCCGAAUUUUUUUUACUUUUAUCGAACAAACAGGAUGAGCUGUUUGUUGGGGACUAUUUUCAGUGGCGGAUUAAACGACGUUUGGUGUUGUAUGUGUGUUUGUGGCAGCAGGACGAUGUGUGUGAGAGAAAAAACUGAUGAGUGAUGAGGGAACAUGAGUUAAGUUGAGUUAAGGUUUUUGUGACACUACUUCUACUCUGCAGUAUUUUCUGAAAUCAGGUUUUUACACGUUUACACAGAGAGACUCCGACUCUGUGGCGAGCAUGUAGAAAAAAAACUGUUUCUUUGGCUCGUAGGUCAGAAUGUGUUCAUUUCAGCCCCUGAAGCUCUUCUGUACAUAUCUGUAGAUAUUCUUCUCGACCUGAUUGUUUUCUAACAGUCACAAACUUUUGUACAGAAAUGAUUUUUUACGACGCUGUAACACUUUUGUUGUUUUUUUAUGUAAAUAAAGGAA